UUCCGGCAGGAGGUCACUGCAGCUUCAACAACGUGCACCCAUGUGGGUUUAGAGGCACAGAAAAGAGAAAACAGCAGACAGACAGACAGACAGACAGACAGACAUCAUGACGUCCCUCGCCCUCCAGCUGAAGAGGCUGGCGUUGCCUCAGAGCGACCCCGGCCUGCUGACGCGCAAAGAGGUGGCCUCGCUGCUCUUUGACCCCAAAGAUGCUGCUCAGAUGGACCGGAGCUCCUUCUAUGCCCUCGGCUGCACAGGGCUGGAGGAGCUGCUGGGAAUCGAACCGGCGUUCUAUGAGUUUCAGGACACCCUGUUCAGCCGCAGCUCGCUGACCCUGGAGCGCAGCGUCCAGUCCAGAGAGGUCAACGACAAGCUGGACGCCGGCAUCUCGCUCUUCCUCACGCGCCUCUGCCCCUACUUCCUGCUCAAACCGGCUCAGAAGUGCAUCGAGUGGCUCGUGCACCGGUUCCACAUCCAGCUGUAUAACGUGGACAGCCUGCUGGCGUGCGCUCUGCCGUAUCACGAGACCAAAAUGUUCGUCCGGGUGGUUCAGCUGCUGAACAUCAAUGAGGCGACAAACCGCUGGAACUGGCUGCACUGCCUGCAGAAACCCGGCGUGCCUCUGGCCAGAGGAACGCUGAUCACCCACUGCUACAAAGACCUGAGCUUCAUGGACUUCAUCUGCACGCUGGUCACCAAGUCCAUCAAGGCGUAUUCAGGUCACUCUGCAAACUGUUCACAGCUCAGAGUGAUCUUCUCCUUCUACGCCUCCACCAUCGUCCCGGCUCUGGACGCCGUGGAGAAGGUCUCAGACACCAUCAUAUCCAAACUGCUGCCCUACAUUCAGAAGGGCCUGAAGUCGUCGCUGGCGGACUACAAGGCGGCCACCUACAUGAUCGUGUGCCAGCUGGCGGUGAAGGUGGUGCUGGAGGCCAGUCUGGUCGACACGCUCGCCCUGCAGCUCAGCAAGUCGCUGGUCAGAGAGCCCGUCCUGGCCAAAGAGGGGCUGGGCUGCCUCAUCGUCCUGCUGCAGAACCAGAAGGAGGGAGCGGUCGGACCCAGAGCGUUCGGCCGUCUCUGCUGCAUGUCGUCUCUGGUGGAGACGCUGCAGGUCAUGGCGUCCGUUCACGACGUCAGUCCUCUGCUGCGCUACCUGCUGCCUCACCUGGUCCACGGCGUCUUCAGCACCUGCACAGAUGAGAUGGAGAUGCAGGCGGAGGCGGCGGAGGCGGCUGAGUCUGCGGCUGCCGGUCCCUCUGCAGUGUUUGAGGCCGUCCUGCAGGCGGUGCCUCUGAACAAAGACCUGGACCACACGGUGGCUCGUUUGCUGCUGGAUGAGUAUCUGAGUCAGAGUGAGACGUCCGAACAGCACAUCACCUCUCUGAACCAGCGGCUGCUGCCUCUGGUCCGACUGUUCGAGUCCAAGUACGGUGGAGCUCUGGACUCCGUCAUCGCCGCUCACGUCGGCGACGUCAGCGACACCGAGCAGAAACAGCUGUUCCACCACUUCCUGUCUCUGUCCAUGAGCAGCGGGAAAUACCAGAUUCUGGGCAACUCGGACACGUCUCUGCUGCUCAGCCUGAAGCACCCGCUGCCGUCGGUCAGGAGCCUGGCUGUGGAGCACCUGAUGGGCAUCAUCACCUCGGGACAGCAGGAGAGUCUGGACGAGUCGUUCCUGAGGGAAGCCAUCCUGGACCGGCUGCAGGACGACGUCCCCGAGGUCGCGGCCGCCGCUCUCAAAGCUCUGGAGGUCUUCAUCGAUCGUUUGGACCCAGAGGACACCGUGUCGUCUUUACUGUCACUGCUGCAGAGAACUGACCUCUCGUUGGCUGAUCAGUGGCUGCCGGUGCUCACGGCGGCGGUGCAGCUGCUUUCCGACCCGCGGGUGGCGAAGGGAGGGGCGGAGCUUGUGCAGAGGGCGGGCUGGUCGCUGCUGCCCUUCCUGGUGAUCACCGCCGGCCGGCCGGACUCCGCCCAGCUGCAGCUCGCCCGGCACGUCGCCCAGUCGGCCGUCAUCGCCCAGCACCCGCUCACCGUGGACUGGGCUCAAGAGCUGGAAAAGGUGAUGAGGAGAAGCUCUGACCCCGAUUUUCUAAGUUUGGCCAACCAGCGCCUGAUCUCCACUCUGACCAGGAACCUGGCCAACAUGGAGCACUUCUCCAAACGGGACGCCCUGGAGAAGCUGGCCCAGCUGGUGGAGCAGCAGCGGGGCUCUGGUCUGAGGGAGCGCGCCUCCUUCCUGGUGUUCACCCAGACGCUGCUGCAGGGCCUCGGGGAGCUGAGCGAGACGCAGCACCUCCUCACCGCCCAGAGGGUCUACGCCGUGCUGGAGCGCCCCCUGCUGGAGAUCAUCAAGGACAACGAUGCUCAGGAUGCGGACGGUCACGUCGCGGCUCCCGCCUCCUUCUCCGAGGCUCUCUCUCUCUUCCUGGGUCGGGCGGCCGGGCGGCCGGGCGAGAGGCUGGACGGAGAGUUCAGCCUCGCUCUGAUCUCACUGCUGAGGGGAUUCAUCUCCUCUCUCAAGUGUCACGACACAACCUUCAAAGGUGAGGUGUGGUGGAACCCGGAGAAGCUGGACACCAACACCUGCUGCUACCUGGCUCUGAUCUGCCGGCUCUUCCACGUCGUCGUCAACGGAGCCGGGCAGGGAGCCUCGGCCGGGAGCUUCAGGGAGCUGAUGAGGCUGCUCCUGCAGGUCCACCUGAAGGAGGCGCCGCUGCUCUUCAGGUUCCUGUGCGUCCUCUGGGGCUACAGCAGCAACCAGGGCGAGCAGCUGGACGUGAAGGUGGGCGCCGUCCUGCAGACCCAGGCUCUGUACGUGGGCCGGGCGCUGCUGAGCGGGCAGCCGGCCGCCACGCUGGCUGACCUGGCAUCAGCCAAGUCUCCAGUGUUCCCCUCGCUGCUCGCCUGCCUCACCUCUCCGGUUCGUGAGGUCAGGAGGGCGGGGCUCGGCGCCCUGCAGAGCCUAUCAGCAGCCGACGCCUCUCCCUUCCAGCCAAUCACAGAGAAGCUGCUGAAGCACACCGAGGAAAUCAUCGCCGACCCGUCUUAUAUAAGCCAGGCUCUGGGCGUCCUGCACGAGGAGAGCGUCUCGGCCAAGGGGAGGUCGCAGCAGAAGAAGCUGCAGGCGUCCAUGGAGCAGCUCCUGCAGAUCAUCCAGGCCCCGGGCUGCCCGUCCUACACCGCCUGCACCCUGCUGAGCGCCCUGGGACAGGUCAACGGAGAGUCCGUCCUGUCGGCCCUGCUGCCCCUCCUGGACCGGCUCCUGGAGCAGAGCGGCCCCGAGCCGCCCACCCUGCUGCGGCACGAGGCCCAGCUGCUGCAGCUCGUCCUGGGCAAGUACAACGAGGCGGCCGCCCCCCUGCUGGCCAAGAACCAGGCGUGUGUGGAUCUGCUGGUCCGGGCGCUGAGGACGUCGGCCCGGCCGCACGCAGACAUCCCCAGCUUCCAGAUCACAGCCCUGGAGCAGAUCACCAAGCCCUUCUUCUCGGCCCUGCCGGAUGAGAAGGUGCAGCAGAGGCUGCUGGCUGUGAUGUUCGACCUGCUGGUGGAGAGCAGGAACCCUCUGGUGGCAAACACCGUCAGCAGCGUCUUCAAAGCGAUUGCAGUGGACGGCGAGCUGGUGGCCAAUGAGCUCACUCCUCCAGAAAAGCCCAAAGUCACGGUGACGGUGCAGCAGACCCGCAGGAGCAAGGCCCUGCAGAGGAAAGCCCAGGAGAGUGGCGAGGCGGGGCCAGAGGAGGGCGCCGUGUCCUGGGACAGAGUCACUCUGAUCCUGGAGCUGCUGCAGCACAAGAAGAAGCUGAGGAGAGCCCAGCUGCUGGUGCCGCCUCUCUUCUCCCUGCUCGCCAGGAGUCUGGAGCCUCGUGUGGGCGAUCAGGGCAACAUGGAGUACACCAAGCAGCUGCUGCUCAGCUGUCUGCUCAACGUCUGCCAGAAACUCUCCCCUGAUGGGGGCGCUGUGGCUCCAGACGUCCUGGAUGAAGAUAAGUUCAACGUGGAGCUGGUGGUCCAGUGCGUCAGAGUGUCCGAGAUGCCUCAGACUCACCAUCACGCCCUGCUGCUGCUGGGAGCCGUGGCUGGAAUCUUCCCUGAAAAGGUCCUCCACAACAUCAUGCCCAUCUUCACCUUCAUGGGAGCCAACAUCAUGCGCCUGGACGACGCCUACAGCUUCCAGGUCAUCAGCAAGACGGUGCAGACGGUGAUCCCUGCCCUGAUCGAGUCUCAGUCUGCGGGUCACGUGGACGCCGUGGUGGCGAGGAUCGUGCACGUGUUCACCGACGCGCUGCCUCACGUGCCCGAGCAUCGCCGCCUGCCCAUCCUGGCUCAGCUGGUGACCACGCUGGGCCCCGCCCGCUUCCUCUGGGUCCUAAUGCUGCUCCUGUUCAAGCAGCACGCCACGCACACCGCCAGCUCCGCCAGCGAGAAGGACGCAGCUCUGGAGCGGGACGUGGACUUCUGGAUUUCUCUGUGCUGCCACUUUGAGGUGUCCGACCAGCUCACCUCGCUCAUCAGGAUCCUGCAGUAUCUGAUGCAGCUGCCGCAGGACAAAGACGACGCUCCGGCGAAGCGCCCGGCCGGCCGGCAAGCAGCCAAGAAGAAGGAGGAGGAGGAGGAGGAGAAGCUGAUCUUCAGCGUGGAGGCUCACAGCAGCAAGGAGCUGCGCCACUUCAAGUUCCUGUCCGUCUCCUUCAUGGCCCAGCUGCUCGCCUCCGCCCGCUUCAUCGGGAAGGUGGCAGACAGCAGUGACGUGGUGGACGAGUCUCUCCAGCAGCUGCAGCAGAGCCUGCUGGAGGAGAUCCUGCGGUACAUCCACAGCGUGGCUCGCUGUGUGGAGGAGAACGCAGACAAACCCACAGCCAAGUUCUGGAGAGCCCUGCUCAAUAAAUCCUACGAUGCUCUGGACAAGGUGAACGCCCUGUUGCCGACGGACACCUUCAUCACGGUGAUGAAGGGGCUGAUGGGAAAUCAGCUGCCGUCGGUCAGGAGGAAGGCCAUGGAGCUGCUGAACAACAAACUGCAGCACAGGACGCAGUGGGAGGAGCCGCAGGUCACUGUGCUUCUACAACUAAGCGGCAACCUGCUGAGCAUCGUGGGUAAAGGUCACGGGAAGGUGGCGGAGGAAGAGGAGGAGCAGGCCGUCAACCGGCAGACGGCGCUCUACAGCCUCAAGCUGCUGUGCCGCAGUUUCGGCUCCGGCCACCAGGAGGCGUUUGUGCCCGUGCUGGCGGCGGCGGUGGAGCUCGUCACGUCGCCGGACGAGGAGAAGAACGUGGUGGGCAGCGCUCUGCUCUGCAUCGCCGAGGUGGUCAGCACGCUCAAAGCCCUCGCCAUCCCACAGUUGCCAAGGCUGAUGCCGGCGGUGCUGCACGCCCUCACCCACAGGAAGGAGCUGCUGGCCAACGAGAUCUACCUGCUGAGCGCCGUCACCGCCAUGCAGCGCGUCACCGAGACGCUGCCGCACUUCAUCAGCCCCUACCUGCAGGAGACCACGGCGCAGGUGUGUCGUCUGACUCGGCUGGCAGAGUCUUCCUCCUCCUCCUCCUCCUCCUCCUCCUCCCAGCUGGCCGUGCGUCUCGCCUCCCUGAGGAGCACCGUGGCCACCAAGCUGCCCCCCAGGGUCCUGCUGCCCACCGUCACCAAGUGCUACAGCAGCAUGGUCACCAGCAAGCAGGGCGAGCUGGGCCCGCUGAUGAGCAUCCUGCAGGAGCACAUCGGCCACAUGGAGAAGGAGCAGCUCAACGCCCACCAAUCAGAGCUCACCGCCUUCUUCCUCACCGCCCUCGACUUCAGAGCCCAGCACUGCCAGGGCGACCUGGAGAAGACGGAGCGGAUCGAGGGCUUCGUGAUCGACUGUCUGCUGGCCAUGGUGAUGAAGCUGUCUGAGGUCAGCUUCAGGCCGCUCUUCUUCAAGCUGUUUGAGUGGAGUAAGACGCCGGCGGAGGACAAGGAGCGCCUGCUGACUUUCUACCGGCUGGCCGACCGCAUCGCCGACCGGCUCAAAGGCCUGUUUGUGCUUUUCGCUGGAAACCUGGUGAAGCCCUUCGCCGACCUGCUGAGGCAGACCAACGCCGCCGCCACAGACGAGCCGCUGUUCGACCCGGACGACGACGGCGGCGUGGAGAAGAGCGUCCUGCUGCUGCGCUUCGUCCUCGACUGCCUGCACAAGAUCUUCCUGUACGACACGCAGCGCUUCCUGAGCCGCGAGCGAGCCGACGCCCUGCUGGGCCCGCUGGUCGACCAGCUGGAGAACAGUCUGGGCGGAGACGACGUUUACCAGCAGAGGGUGAGCAAGCACCUGCUGCCCUGCAUCGCCCAGUUCGCCGUUGCCAUGGGCGACGACACCCAGUGGAAGGCCCUCAACUACCAGAUCCUGCUGAAGACCAGACACGCGUCCUCCAAGGUACGCUUCUCCUCCCUGCUGAUGCUGACGGAGCUCGCCGCCAAGCUGCGGGAGAACUACAUGGUGCUGCUGCCGGAGACCGUGCCCUUCCUCGCCGAGCUCAUGGAGGACGAGUGUGAGGAGGUGGAGCACCAAGUCCAGAAGGUCAUCCAGGAGAUGGAGAACAUCCUGGGAGAGCCGCUGCAGAGCUACUUCUAACACACACACACACACACACACACACACAGAGCACGGUGUGACGAUGCUGCCUGUGUAACUUCAGAGGGAUCGUCUCCUCUUCCUCAUUUCCUUUCCAAGAGUUCAGCUGCAAAAACAACAGACACAAUCCGUACAUGUUUAAUUUUCUGUAAAAUUUAAACAUCAAUAUAUCACAAAAUAUAACUAACCUGUGCACUAAAGAUUGGAAAAAUGUAUUUAUUUCAUGAGUUUCUGUGGCCGAUUGGGCUGAAACAUCAUGAGAUAAACAAGUUUUGUUAUUAUGUCGUCGUUCCUGUGUCUUUUGUCUUUUUUUUUUCUUCCAAAUAUCUGUGUGUCAAAUUUAAUUAUGAUAUCUCGGUAUAAUUAGACCGCCAGUAGCCUCUUCCUCUCAUCAGCGGCGAUGUUUAGCGCUUGUGUGUCUUCGAAUCAAGACUACAUUUCCCAUAAUCCUCUUCAGAGAAUGGAUGUAAAGAGGAUCAACACGCUGGAGGUGAUGUUUUUUUUUUUUUUUUCUCCAUCAGUCUUUUCACUUCUUCCAGUUCCACCACUAUUAACUCUGAAGGCUGUAGCUGUGUGUUGUGGAAGAACAGCGCCCUCUAGCUGCAGCACUACAGGCUGACCGGCUUGUUUAUUCACAGGAAUUAUCCCAGAGUCUCCAAGUUAAUGUGUUAAUUCUGUAUUCAUGAUGAAAUGUCACAGCUGUAGCACCUUUAAGCUUCUUAAAAAGUUGUUGUCUCAUUGACUUUUUGUUUGGUUUUGUAUUGAAGGUCAAACUGUGCCUUUACAGGAGAAAAUGACAUUAAACCGUCGGUGAAAAU